UGCAUGGGGAUCUCUUAGGGUCUCACUCUUCGGCUGUCUUUAUGCCAGGCAACAGCGAAAGAAGGAAACUGUCCAGAUUAUAUUUUCUUUUAUAACCGAAAAGGGAACUUUCCGACACCAUCAACUGUACCGGACAGCCUUAUAACUACAAGUCUUAUCGUUUACGAGGAUUAUUCUAACUCGGAUUUAACAGCCUGGCGGUCAGGGUUAUGGAUUUUAACCUGCUGACUGACAGCGAGACCCGCAGCCCAGCGCUGUCACUCUCAGACACUGGAACCCCCCAGCAUGACCAGGGAUGCAAGGGCCAGGAAAACAGCGACACCGAAAAAUCCCACCAGAAUCAGACGGACGAAUCAAACGCUGAGGACGGGUCGUUGAAGAAGAAGCAGCGGAGACAGCGAACACACUUCACCAGCCAGCAGUUACAGGAGCUGGAAGCCACCUUUCAGAGGAACCGCUACCCCGACAUGAGCACCAGGGAGGAGAUUGCAGUGUGGACGAACCUUACGGAGGCCAGAGUCAGGGUAUGGUUUAAGAAUCGUCGUGCCAAGUGGAGGAAGAGAGAGCGGAACCAGCAGGCUGAGCUCUGCAAAAACGGCUUUGGCACCCAGUUCAAUGGACUCAUGCAGCCCUAUGACGACAUGUAUUCAGGCUACUCCUACAAUAACUGGGCCACUAAGGGCCUGGCCAGCAGCCCGCUCUCUGCUAAGAGUUUCCCCUUCUUUAAUUCCGUGAACGUCAGCCCUCUGUCCUCACAGCCCAUGUUUUCCCCGCCCAGCUCCAUCUCCUCCAUGAACAUGGCGUCCUCAAUGGUGCCCUCGGCUGUGGCUGGCGUUCCAGGUUCUGGCCUCAACAACCUGGGCAAUCUGAAUAACCUGAACAGCCCCUCGCUGAACUCUGCCGUGUCUGCCAGUGCCUGCCCGUAUGCCGCAGCGGCAGCCAGCCCAUACAUGUACCGGGACACAUGCAACUCCAGCCUAGCUAGCCUGCGGCUCAAGGCCAAGCAGCAUGCCAACUUUGCAUACCCAACUGUGCAAAACCCAGUGUCCAACCUCAGCCCCUGUCAGUAUGCAGUGGACCGGCCAGUAUGAAGAAUUCCACCAGCCUCUCCAGCUAUGAUCACUGACUUUGAGUAACCACACGUCAACAUGGAAUGGUUAACAACACAUUUGUUUGUUUCUUUAUUUGUUUGUUUAAAGGCGAUGCAUACAAUAAAAAUAGGCUUCUUCACAAAGCCUGAAUCCUGAUGGACCAUACUGCAAAGGAAUUCAACGAAAAGAUACCGUUGUUGGCCUGACCAACCGAUACAAAGGAUUGCUAAACAAUAUCUGCUAAAAUGACUAGAGUGAACUGGCCAGACAGUGAAUGAUUUAACGAUGCUAGUGGCCAACGUAGGCAUGAGUGCCUUCACCACUGUAACCAUGUAAAGGGGACCUUUGGUUAUACCAUGGCCUAGUCAAUGUAUAUAAUGGACUCCUUUGUUUUCUAUGUGAUAUAAAGUAUAUAUAGUAGUACUCUGAAGAUGAAAAAGCAUGUUCUUCAAGAGCAGAAGCUAGACUGACAUACUCUGAGUGCAUCCGUUAGGGAUUUUGAUCUUUGUUGUGACUUCCAUUUGCCUGAGUUGGUCAAAGGUGACUGAGAGGGAAAGAGGAAUGUUGCCAAGGACUGUCCUCUGAAACCGAAUCCACAGAAAGAAACAAAUGCCAUUUUCCACAUCAGACCUUAAAUAAGUAACUAAAGCCAUUCAAUAUACAGAUUUGUGUGGUGUUACCAAGAGGGAGUACACGGCUGUAAAAAUGUAUGUAAGAGUGCAGUUGUCAUAAAAUAUGCUUUUCCUGGUGUAGUCUGUUUUGUCUCAUUAAAAGAUAAGACAUCUGUUUUAUUAAUA